AUGCGUUCUGACGAAUUAGGUCAAGCUUGUCUGCAAAGUGAUAAUAUCGAGCUCACCAGAUGGAUUUUCACCAAGUUUCCCGAUGUGUGCGACUACGAGGUGAUAAUUGUGGCUGUUCUCGAGUCCGAAUCGCCCGAGAUCUUCCAAAUCUGGCUCGACCUGACGGCCGCCCUCACCCGUCAAAAGUUCGGAAUAAUACCACAGAUAUUCACCAAAUUGGUGCUCCGCACAGCUGCUCAGUUUCCACAACAGGAAGCGCGUCUUUUCGAGGCCUGGCGAGUGUUGUGUAAAAACGGCGUGGUGAAUGAUGGACAUCUUUCAAAAGCCCUGAUUGAGGUUGCAAAGAGCAGCUAUUCCAAAGUUCAGGCCAAAGUAUUGAUCGAGCUUGGGGCAGACGUCAACUCCGUAGACCCCACAACCCGAGGGUCAGGUUGGAAGACCAAAUCGGCCCUCCGGUGGGCUUGCAAGACGUCGAGUAAGGAAGCAGCCGACUUUGUCCGCUUUUUGCUUCUGGAGGGCGCGGUCGAUCGCCAGUAUAAGCACCACAAGCCGGUAUCUGAAGAGGAUGGAGCUAGAAACAUUAAAGUUUGGCUUGGAAUGAACUUUGAGGAGCUUGUCAGUUGGACAUCUGCACAGCGCGAGUCAAACCUUGCAAAGCUGAAGGAAGAAAAUUCCCUUCGAUGA